UGUCAUGACAACCGUAAACGAAUUUCAGUCGUGACUGAUCCUUGACUGGCUCAGUUUCAGAGUAAACAUUUCCUUUAGAGGCUACUAAUCUAUCCAUAUAAACUACCAUGUCAGAUGUUGGUUCUGAGGAUUUUGAGGAUGAUCAAGGUUACCUUGGGGAGUAUGAAGGUGACCGGAAUGAAGCUGGAGAGAGGCAUGGGGUCGGGAAAGCAGUGUUGCCAAACGGAGACACUUACCAGGGAAUGUAUGAAAAUGGAAAAAGAUGUGGACAGGGGACAUACCGUUUCAAGAAUGGGGCCAGAUACAUUGGAGAAUAUUACAUGAAUCUGAAACAUGGCCAGGGUAUCUUCUACUACCCAGAUGGAUCAAAAUACGAAGGAACCUGGGUUGAAGAUCAGCGCCAGGGUCACGGAAUAUACACCUACCCCAAUGAGGACACAUACGAUGGAGAGUGGUUGUGCCAUCAAAGGCAUGGGCAGGGUACGUACAGCUACCACGUCACCGGCUCCAGGUACAUAGGGACGUGGGUGAAUGGUAAGAUGGAGUUGGCGGGAGAGUUCAUUCAUCUGAACCACAGAUACCAGGGAAACUUCCUUAACAACAAUCCUAAUGGACCAGGAAAGUAUGUAUUUGACAUCGGAUGUGAGCAGCAUGGAGAAUACCUACAUGUUGAUCAGGACAAAGGAGAUGGAGAGGAGGAUGAGAUUGUCAGCACCUUGGUUCUGAAGUGGAAACCCAAAGCUGUCACUGCCCUAUCGCUAUGGGCACCAGCCAAGGAUUACUCACCUUCAGGUCUGUGGAAGAUCGAGGAAGGGAGACUGGUAUCAGAAGACAAAGGGGGAGCCAAGUUUCUCACUACAGACAAACUCACCUGAACCCUUGUGACAUUCAGCUCUUGUUGGAUGCAAAUAAUUACAUAAUUGCAUAUAAUUGAUUUAUAUGUUACCUAUAAAUAAUGCUAUUAUACUCAUUGAUAGUUUUUUUAUAGUGAAGUGAGUGACACAACUAAA